AUGUCGCUCGAGUGGCUGGCGGCCUGGGGCUGGUCGCUGGAUGGCCUGAGGGACUGCAUCGCCGCCGGCAUCCAGUCGGUGCGGGACUGCGACACCACGGCGGCGGUCAGCGUGGCCUGCCUGCUGGCCCUGUUCGUGUGGUACUGUUACCACGUGGGCCGCGAGCAGCCCCGCGCCUACGCCUCGGUCAACGCCCUGAUGCAGGGCCCCGAUGCGGCGGGGCUGCAGAACGGCUUCGUGUACUGCCAGUCGGCCGAGUGCGUGCGCUGCAGCCACAGCGAGGGCCUCAACCAGAAGCUCUACCACAACCUGCAGGAGUACGCCAAGCGCUACUCGUGGUCCGGCAUGGGCCGCAUCCACAAGGGCAUCCGCGAGCAGGGCCGCUACCUCAGCAGCCGGCCGUCCAUCCAGAAGCCCGAGGUCUUCUUCCUGCCCGACCUGCCCACCGCGCCCUACUUCUCGCGGGAGGCGCAGAAGCACGACGUGGAGCUGCUGGAGCGUAACUUCCAGACCAUCCUGUGCGAGUUCGAGAGCCUGUACAGAGCCUUCUCGAACUGCAGCCUUCCGCAGGGCUGGAAGAUGAACAGCACCCCCAGCGGCGAGUGGGUCACCUUUUACCUGGUCAACCAGGGGGUCUGCGUCCCCCGGAACUGCAGGAAGUGCCCACGGACGUACCGCUUGCUGGGAAGCCUUCGGACCUGUAUUGGCAACAAUGUUUUUGGGAACGCAUGCCUGUCCGUGCUGAGCCCCGGCACUGUCAUCACGGAGCACUACGGCCCCACCAACAUCCGCCUCAGGUGCCAUUUAGGUCUGAAAACUCCAAGCGGCUGUGAGCUGGUGGUAGGAGGGGAGCCCCAGUGCUGGGCAGAAGGCCGCUGCCUCCUCUUCGAUGAUUCCUUCCUGCACACUGCGUUCCACGAAGGUUCGGCAGAGGACGGCCCCCGGGUGGUUUUCAUGGUGGAUCUAUGGCACCCGCACGUUGCGGCGGCCGAGCGGCAGGCCCUGGAUUUCAUCUUUGCUCCGGGACGAUGA